AUCCCUGAACCAGGCGGGAGGGUCACUUGAUACCGUCUCCUGCUCAGAGGCUGACGGGGAGAUGCUCGCUGGUGUCCAGAUGACUUUACGAGCUGCACGUCGCCUCAGUGUAGAAAUAAAUGAACCGGCGCUUUAAUUGUGUGUCCACGCUCGUUUACUGACCAGCUGAGGCGCGGGACGUCCCUAACCCGCUGAAUCGCAGUGAAAUACCGGGACUUGAGCUACUCAUGAAUGGGUCUCCUGCUAUUUCAAGAAUGAUGUGAAGAUCACUUAAGAGGGACAAGAUCACACUUCAGCUCAUCGUUUGCAGUGCAGUCCCGCUACUUGCUGACACACGGUCCCAUUUGUCUGUCCGAGCGCGAUAUUUUUCAGAGCCCCGUGGGGAUGGGAACGUGCUCGGAUAAAGGAUGGACUUACUGCGGCCUCACUAAAGGUCACAGCCCUCUAAAGGUCAUGUCAUCGCCCCUGGCACUGUGGCUAUUGACUCUAAUAUCUGUGAAUCAAAAGACAACACUUGGACAGACUCUGAACACCUUUCAAUCAGAGAAGAGGGAGUGGUCGCUGAACCACCUGACAGUGCAUCAGUCCACUGGGGCUCUGUACAUCGGAGCCGUCAACCGAAUCUACAAGUUGUCGGCUAAUCUCUCGCUGCUGGUGUCUCAUGACACGGGGCCAGAGUAUGACAACAAAGCAUGCUAUCCUCCACUGAUUGUCCAGCCCUGUUCUGAACCUUUGGCAUCUACUGACAAUGUUAACAAACUGUUGCUCGUUGACUACUCUCACAACCGACUGCUGGCCUGUGGCAGUCUCUACCAGGGCGUCUGUAAACUCAUGAGGCUGGAUGAUUUGUUCAUCCUCGUGGAGCCCACGCAUAAGAAGGAACACUACCUGUCCAGCGACAACCAGACAGGGACGAUGUUCGGGGUGGUUGUGCCCUCUCAGGGUCAGGAUGCGACUCUGUACAUCGGCACAGCUGUCGGUGGCAAACAGGACUACUUUCCAACUAUCUCCAGCCGUAAGCUGCCUCGAGACCCAGAAUCCUCUGCCAUGCUAGACUAUGAGCUUCACACUGACUUCGUUUCGUCUCUCAUCAAAAUCCCCUCAGACACACUUGCGCUUGUCCCACAGUUCGACAUCUACUACAUCUACGGCUUUGCCAGCGGCAGCUUCGUCUACUUCAUGACUGUCCAGCCGGAGACUCCAGAGAACGGGAUGCCCGCAGGAGGUUCCCCUGGCGACUUGUUCUACACAUCUCGCAUUAUCCGCCUCUGCAAAGGUGACAAGAAGUUCCACUCUUAUGUGUCACUUCCCGUGGGGUGCAUACACAGAGGUGAGGAGUACCGUCUGUUGCAGGCAGCAUACCUGUCCAAGGCCGGCAGGGUCCUGGCUAAGUCGCUCAACAUCAGCGCUCAAGAGGACGUGCUCUUUGCCGUGUUUUCCAAGGGACAGAAGCAGUACCACGACCCUCCAGCUCACUCUGCGGUCUGUAUCUUCACCAUCCAAGACAUCAACAUGCGCAUUAAAGAGAGACUGCAGUCCUGCUAUCAAGGAGAGGGCAACCUGGAGCUGCACUGGCUGCUGGGAAAGGACGUACAGUGCACCAAAGCGCCGGUUCCCAUUGACGAUCACUUCUGCGGCCUGGAUAUAAACCAACCCCUGGGGGGCUCCCAGCUGGUGUCAGGUCGGACGGUCUUCACUGAGAGCAGGGACAGGCUGACCUCUGUCACGUCUUACGUCUACAGUGGACACAGUGUGGUCUUCCUGGGCACCAGGAGUGGACGGCUGAAGAAGAUCAGGGUGGACAGUCCUCUGGAGGGAGGAGUGCUGUACGAGACAGUGAGUGUGAUGAAGGACAGCAGCCCCAUCCUGAGAGACAUGGCCUUCUCCCUGGACAGGAACUCUCUCUAUGUCAUGUCUGACAGUCAGGUGGCGCAGGUCCCUGUGGAGGCGUGUGAGCAGUACGGUACAUGCGCCGAGUGUCUGAGCUCCGGUGACCCCCACUGUGGCUGGUGUGUCCUGUACAACAUGUGCUCCAGGAAGGAUCGGUGUUACAGGGCGGACGAAACCUUCCGUUUCGCCACUGACAUUGACCGCUGUGUGAAGGUUAUCGCACACCCAGACAGCAUCGCUGUAUCAGCACAUGGCGUCCCUCUUUUGCUGGAGGUGAAUAAUGUUCCAGACCUUUCUGCUGGAAUUACCUGUUCGUUUGGCCAGCAGGCCCAAGUGGAGGGUCACGUCAACGGGAACAGGGUCAUGUGUCUUUCCCCAGCUGAGAAGGAGGUCCCUCAGAUACCAGAAGGACAAGACUGGGCUGGCGUGGAGCUUCGUCUGAAUUCGAAAGAGACGGGUCAGAUGGUCGCCAGCACCGAGGUGAAAUUCUACAACUGCAGCACUCAUCAAAUGUGUCUGUCCUGUGUGAACAGCACUUUUCGCUGCCACUGGUGUAAAUACCGCAACCUGUGCACCCACGACCCAAGCAGCUGUUCCUUCCAGGAGGGUAGAGUCAACGCCUCUGAGGACUGCCCUCAGCUGCUCAACUCGGGUGAAAUUCUGCUCCCGGCUGGCGAGGUCCGACCAAUCACCCUGAGGGCCCGUAACCUUCCCCAGCCUCAGUCGGGCCAGCGGGGCUACGAGUGCGUGGUGAACGUGCAGGGUGUCAGCCAUCGUGUCACGGCGCUGCGCUUCAACAGCACCAGCGUGCAGUGCCAGAACAGCUCGUACAUGUACGAGGGUGUGAAGAUCAGUGACCUGGCAGUGGACCUCUCCAUCGUAUGGAACGGCAAUUUCAUCAUUGACAAUCCCGAGAAGAUUAAAGUACACCUCUACAAGUGCAGCGCCCAAAGGGACAGCUGUGGCAUGUGUCUGCGGGCGGAGAGGAAGUUCCAGUGUGGCUGGUGCAGCGGUGAGGGACGGUGCACCAUGAAGCAGCACUGUCCUCCCAUCUCCCCUUACGCGAGCCGCUGGCUGGACCUUUCUGCCAGGAAUGUCAAGUGCACCAACCCACGCAUUACAGAGGUGAGCCCUGUGGCAGGGCCUCUGGAGGGGGGCACACUGGUCACCAUUCAGGGCCUGAACCUGGGGCUGUCCUUCUCUGAGCUGGAGGGGAACGUGGAGGUGGCAGGAGUGCAGUGCACACCACAGGAGGACGGAUACAUCACUGCAGAACAGAUUGUGUGUGAGAUGGCUGCAGCCCCCAAAGGAAGUGCACCAGGUCCAGUUAAGUUGUGCGUUGGCGAAUGCAGACCAGAGCUCCGCGCACAGUCCUCCCAGCUCUACUGCUUUGUGGUCCCUACAAUGUUGGCGCUGACCCCUGGCAGAGGACCAGAGUCUGGGGGCACCAAGGUCACUAUUGUCGGGGAGAACCUGGGCGCUGGCAGCACUGUCAACGUGUACUUUGGUAAUCAGACCUGUGAGUUGUACAGGAGGACCACGGCGGAGAUUGUGUGCUUCUCUGCUCCAUCUGUGACAGGAGCGGGACCGGUUCAAGUCAGUUUGAGCGUCGACCGGGCCAAAGUUCCCGGAAGUCUGGUCUUCGAGUACAUAGAAGACCCCACGGUCCAGCGCAUUGAGCCCCUGUGGAGCAUUACCAGCGGACACACCACCCUGACAGUAACUGGGACCAACCUGGACGUAGUUCAGGAGCCGCGGGUCAGAGUCAAAUACGCCGGCCAUGAAUCUGUUAAUAUGUGCAAAGUUCUGAACACGACCACCAUCAGCUGCUUCGCCCCCUCCCUGAAGGCGGAGUACACCGCGGACCAGGAGACGAUAAAACACGUGGACGAGUUCGGCUUCGUCUUCAACAACGUCCAGGCUCUGCUCACUUACAACAACACGAGCUUCGUCUACUACCCCAACCCUUACCUGGAGCCCCUCAGCCUCUCGGGUGUCCUGGAACAGAAGCCCGGCGCUCCCAUCAUCCUCAAAGGCCGCAACCUGGUGCCGUCUGCAUCUGGCGGAGCCAGGCUCAACUACACGGUGCUGAUUGGGGACACGCCCUGUUCUCUCACCGUGUCCGACACUCAGCUGCUCUGCGAGCCACCAAACCUGACCGGGCAGCACAAAGUCCUGGUGCAAGUAGGAGGACUCCACAUCUCCCCGGGGGAAGUUCACAUCCGGUCCGACAACCUGCUCACGUUGCCUGCGAUCUUCAGCAUCGCAGCCGGAGGAGGGCUGCUCCUCAUCAUUGUCAUUAUAGUCCUGCUGGCCUACAGGCGGAAGUCGCACGAGAACGAUCUCACCCUGAAGCGCCUGCAGAUGCAGAUGGACAAUCUGGAGUCCAGAGUGGCUCUGGAGUGCAAGGAGGCCUUUGCAGAACUACAGACAGACAUCAACGAGUUAACCAGCGACCUGGACAGAGCUGGCAUCCCCUUCCUGGACUAUCGCACUUACGCCAUGAGGGUCCUCUUCCCCGGCAUCGAUGACCACCCUGUGCUCAGGGAGCUGGAGGUGCCGGGGAUCGGACAGGCGAAUGUGGAGAAAGCCUUGAAGCAGUUCGCUCAGCUGCUGAAUAAUAAGGUUUUCCUGCUGACAUUCAUCCGCACGCUGGAGCUGCAGCGCUCCUUCUCCAUGCGUGACCGCGGCUACGUCGCGUCCCUCAUCAUGACCGCUCUGCAGGGGAGGCUGGAGUACGCCACGGACAUCCUCAAGCACCUGCUGUCAGACCUUAUAGAACGCAACCUGGAGAGCAAGAACCACCCCAAAUUACUUCUCCGCAGAACAGAGUCGGUGGCGGAGAAGAUGCUGACAAAUUGGUUUGCCUUCUUGCUGCACAAAUUUCUCAAGGAGUGUGCUGGCGAGCCUCUCUUCAUGCUGUUCUGUGCCAUCAAACAGCAAAUGGAAAAGGGACCCAUAGACUCCAUCACCGGAGAGGCGCGCUACUCCCUCAGUGAAGACAAACUCAUCCGCCAGCAGAUUGAAUACAAGACGCUGACGCUGAGCUGUGUGAAUCCCGACAAUGAGAACAGCCCAGAAAUCCCUGUCAAGGUGCUCAACUGUGACACUAUUACCCAAGUGAAGGAGAAGAUCCUGGAUGCAGUGUAUAAGAACAUGCCAUACUCUCAGCGGCCGCGAGCUACAGACAUGGAUCUAGAGUGGCGGCAGGGCAGAACAGCUCGUGUGGUCCUGCAGGACGAGGACAUCACAACCAAGAUAGAGAGCGACUGGAAGAGGCUCAACACACUGAUGCACUACCAGGUGUCGGAGCGCUGUGUGGUGGCCUUGGUGCCCAAACAGAUGUCCUCUUUCAACAUCCCCUCCUCAGCCAGCUUCCCACGCAGCAUCAGCAGAUAUGGUGUGGACGUGCCCUUCCGCUCCACCCCGACCAGCCCCGACAGCCCCCACUCCCGCGUGCCCAUGCUGACCCCUGACCUGGAGAGCGGCGUCAAAGUUUGGCACUUGGUCAAGAACCACGACCACGGGGACCAGAAAGAAGGAGAGCGCGGCAGCAAGAUGGUGUCGGAGAUCUACCUGACGAGGCUACUAGCGACAAAGGGCACACUGCAGAAGUUUGUGGACGACCUCUUUGAGACUCUGUUCAGCACUGUGUGCCGGGGCACCGCCUUGCCUCUCGCAAUUAAAUACAUGUUCGACUUCCUGGAUGAGCAGGCCGACACACACGGCAUCCAUGACAUGGACGUUCGCCACACGUGGAAGAGCAACUGCCUUCCCCUGCGCUUCUGGGUGAACGUGAUCAAGAAUCCCCAGUUUGUGUUUGACAUCCAUAAAAGCAGCAUCACAGAUGCCUGUCUGUCUGUGGUGGCUCAAACCUUUAUGGACUCCUGCUCCACGUCUGAACACCGUCUGGGCAAAGACUCGCCCUCCACCAAGCUGCUCUACGCCAAGGACAUACCGCAUUACAAGAGCUGGGUAGAAAGGUACUACGCCGACAUCAACCGCCUGCCUGCCAUCAGCGAUCAGGAUAUGAAUGCCUAUCUGGCUGAACAGGCUCGCCUUCACUCCAGUGAGUUCAACGUGCUCAGCGCCCUCCAUGAGAUCUACGCAUACGUCAGCAAGUACAGCCAAGAGAUCAUCGAGGCGCUGGAGCAGGAUGAACAGGCCCAGAAGCAGAAGUUAGCAUAUAAAGUGGAGCAGAUCACCUUAGCCAUGUCUACAGAGAGCUGAGACUCACACACACGGCUAAAUGCAUCCAUCUCUACGCACAUCCGGCAUGUACUGCACACACACACACACACACACACACACACACACACACACACACACACACACACACACACACACACACACACACGCACACAAACAUACGACAUCAACGGGGAGGAGGAGUUACGGACCUGCGACACACGUGGCACUCAGAUGUGGCCAUGUAUGAACGAUCGCACACACAUGCUGAUGUAUGCAGAGAGACUGUGGAUUUAAUGGACCUACUGUAUAAACAAACCGACAAUAUAUACGCCAAGACGUAACGCACACACAUGCAUAAAUACACAAAUACAAAUGUACAUACACGAGCCACAGCAAACAUCAAACAGCAGAACGUCCCAAAGCAAGACUUUUGAAUCCAAUGUCAUCGUUUUUUCAGAAGCAACUCCAACAGGCAAACAUCCAGCUUCUAAAACACUCCAACGGAGAGAGGGAAAAGAGCGAGAGUGAGAAAGAGGAUUUAGGCCAUCACGGCUGCUGAAUUUGCCGCCAAUUCUUUUCCGCUGGGUAAUGGUUUGUCUUUGUAGUUGGUUCUUACGCUAAGCGUGUGUGUAUGUGGCGUGGCUGGAGCUCUGAAGAACAGCACUUAAUAAAGAAUGACUCAACUUGAAAAGUCGCUGGAGGAGAUCAACAAAGGCAGGAGCUAAUUUAAUGGGACCGCACAUGUGGUGAGACAAGACUCAGAGUGCUUUUAUACACACACAUAUAAAUAUAUAUGUGUGUGUGGACGAUGAAGGACACUUAUUCGUACAACAUAUCACGGACUUGGAGCGACGUUUCCAUUUGGAGCCAUUUGGAGCAGAGACGUGAAACUUUUGUGUUGCGACGCCUUUCUUCUCCACUUAAAAAAAAAAAAAAAAGAUAACACAAAAAAAUGUUGGUGUCAUUGCAGAUUCCCGUCGUAAGUUAUUAUUUAUUUUUGUUUGUUUAAUGAAGGCCACCUGAAGUACUUGGGCUUGAGAGCAGCAUAUACCAAAUUUGUCACUGACCAGGCGACGGCCUGGCUGUUUAAUAAUCCAACACCAAGACACCAUUAACCUUCCAAUCUGAAAUAUAUGUAAAGAUAUUUCUGGACGCAAUCUCUGGCUUUUUUUGUGCCAAAUAUAUCUCAUGUUUAAUUCAUGUUAAAUGCUCCCGCAGAAGCUAUUAAUAACACACGCCAUUGUACGGAAAAGAUCCCAUUUAAGAUAGGAUUUUUUUUCCACAGUGAUGAUCUAUAGACCACUAAUUCAGCCAUUCAAAGAUAAGUGGAGACCAAAUUGAACUGUAGCAGAAAGCAUGAUUAAUGACGCUAUAAGCCUGAUCGUGGAUCAGAUUAGCCUAACCCUGGCCAACGGCGCCGCUCCCCGGCCCUCCCCGUCUCAUCAGUCAUUGUUUACAUUGAGCGUAAUACUUGAAAAGCACUCGGUGUACGAGAUAUUAAGAACACCUGCAGGUCCUCGGAGUAAUCUGGUCAUAUUAAGCUAGCUAAAGGCCUUGAUGCCUUAUUGAUUUUCCCAAUAAAUCCACUUAUUGAACACAAAUCUGGAAUUAAGAAGCGAGACGUGAGAGGUGCUGCAGCUCGUUGCGAAGCAGGUGUUCCUUACUAUUUCGUAAACGGAGUGGAUAUAUGAUUACUGAUGUACGUGUUCGGAUCAGUCGCUGGUCCCUGUAAAGUCUGUUUGCUGCUUCACGGCUCUGUUGUUCCUUUACAUAGUGUUUUUGUGUUUUCAUUUUUGCAUCCCAGUGUACAUUUUACCUGACUGCUUGUUGUCCCCUUGCUGCUGCCGCCGCCGCUGCUGUAGUUAUAGUGCCAUAUCUAAACUCGAAAAGAAUUAUCACGAUGUAAAAACUAAUCGGUCCAAGGCAGCCCAUAAAAUUCGGGGUUUCGGUUCUGACGGACUGCCUCACCCACUGCAGCGCCUUUCUACGCCCGAGGCCGAUUCAUUGUUCCGCAUAGAGUCACGGCGGCCGUCUGUCAGGAGCGCUGCUCUUUUUACCAUUUUAAGUAUCAGUGGAGUCAGUAUGCACCCCACAGGACCUUGAUCUAUGUAAACCUGCGAGAACAAGCUAAAACACGGUACACGAUGAACACGUUUCCUGUUAAGUGUUGAAAUAUGACAGAAAUCAUCCGUUUCAUGUGUGGUUCGAUGACGACAAAUUUAUAAAUGUGUUGUGCAAUAAGCUGUCAGAUGUAAUUUUUUUUAAACUAUAUAUGACUGUAUAAAUACUGUACAUAGAAAACACUCCUAUUUUGCAAGCAAAAGAUUCACUUUGUACUGUUGUUAUACAUUAAACGCGCAGCUGAUGAAAACGA